CACGUGUACGCGUCCGAUGGUAGGCGACCAAUAACGCGUGCUCAUUUCAGGGUAUCGCAUCAUGAAACUCGAGGUGAGGGCCGCAUUUGUCUUAUCUGUGUGUGCCGUCCUUCCUUGUGCGCUCACCUCCACUAUCCUGCCAUCGCGCUAAUCCUCCCACACUCAUAAUCUACCGUCCGUCUCUCUCCUGUAACCUCUUUACAACUUGACCACCAACACAUCCAAGCACACUCCGAAGACCCAACAUGUCCGACAACGAUAACACCGCCGUCGCCAAUGGCUCUUCUCCUCAGUUCACCGAGCGCGAGCUUCAGCUCCUCGGAUGGGCCAUGCAGUCCCUCAAGUCCGGUCCUCCAGAGAUCGACUACGAGAAGCUCGCCGCCUAUGCCGGUAUGGGCAAUCCGCGUUCCGCUAGCAACGCCUGGGCCAAGAUCAAGCUCAAGCUCAUGACCCCCUCCCCCGAUGGCACCGUUCCGGCUACUCCCAAGAAGACUCCUCGCAAGCGCGCCGCCAAGAAGCAGGACGUUGACGGCGAGUCUUCUCCUAAGAAGAAGACUACUACUCCCCGCGGCAGGAAGACCGAGACCGUCAAGACGGAGUCCGAUGAGGAGGCCCAGACCGGCGGCUCCCCUAUGAAGAUCGAUCCCGCCAAGGAGGAGAUCGUGGAGGAUGAAGUCUAGAACUCUCUUGCGGCCCUGACAUAAGCCAUCGUUCCUUCACGGUCUGGUCAGCUUUUCUUUGUGUUUUUGUCAAGGUGGCUGUAGGAG